AUGAUGGAGUUAAAAUAACCGAAGAGAAUCUAGAUUCAACUAGGUUUACUGAUGAAGAUGAUGUAAAUGAUAAUAUACAUCUAAACAAUCGUGAAUCUAUACAUCAUCCUGAUAAUGAUUAUGAUAAUGGUCAAAUACGAAAACAACGUCGGCAAACAUCAUCAUCAUCAUCAUCAAAAAAAUUUCCUGUAAUUGUAUUUCUAACUGGUGAAUCAUAUGAAUGGAAUCCUGGAUCAUUAUAUGAUGGAUCAAUAUUGGCUAGCUAUGGACAAACGGUUGUUGUUACAUUAAAUUUUCGUCUUGGAAUUUUAGGAUUUUUGCCGGCAAACAUCGAUGGAACUAUGCGUGGAAAUUAUGGCUUAAUGGAUCAAGUAGCAGCAUUACAUUGGAUACAGGAAAAUAUUGAACACUUUGGUGGUGCAUCCAAUAACAUAACGAUUGUUGGCCAUGGUUAUGGGGCUGCAUGUGCACAUCUAUUAAUGUUAUCACCAAUGGCUAAAGGUCUAUUCAAUCGUGUAAUUCUUAUGAGUGGUUCAGCAUUAUCGCCAUGGGCCAUAGCUCGUGAUGCUAAUGUAUAUGCAGAACAAAUUGGAAAUCAAUUAAAUUGUCCAAUCAAGAAAACUUCACUAAUCAUUGAUUGUCUUCGAACACGAACGAUUGAUCAAUUACAAUCGGUCAAUUAUCAAGUGCCUGAUCAUUUGACUGGAUUUGGUCCAAUUAUUGAUGGUAUUGUUGUACCACAAGAGCCAAGAAUUCUUAUGUAUCAAAUGCGUCAAUCAAUAUGGCUAAGACAAAAUUAUCAACAACAACAACAACAACAGAAUCAAUCAGAAACAGCAAUUCCAUCUUGGUCAACUUUAUCAGCACAUUUACACAGAAUUCAUUCUAAUAAUGGUGCUCGAUCAUCAUCAUCAUCAUCAUCGAAUUCUAGAAAUCAUCAUAUCAUUAACAUUUCAAAUAAAAUGUCUGCAUCAUCAUUACCAGUAACAGCAGCAUUCCAACAACCACAACAACAACAACAACCACAACAGUCAUCAACAUCAUCAUCAUCAUCGUGGUUUUAUUGGACAACAUCCAUACCAGAUUUAAUGGUCGGUGUAACCCGAGUAGAAUCACCAACAGCCAUAUUUAGCUCACAUGAAGAACGUAAUGGAAUUUCAGUGGCACGUCGUGAUCGAUUAUUACGAACAUUAGUACGUAACCUUUAUGAUUAUCAUCAGCAGGCCAUUUUUUAUACAUUAAUCAAUGAAUAUACGGAUUGGACAAAAUCAUCAAUUGAACAUCCAUUAAAUUUAAUGGAUUCAUUGAUGGAAUUAUAUGCCGAUGCAUUGGUCGUUGCACCAUUGAUUGAAUCAUUGGAUCAUCAUUAUGCCCAAUCGUCAUUAUCAACGACAACUACAACAACAAAUUCACCAGCAGCAUCGGUAACACCUGGUGGUAGUUCAUCAUUUACUACAGACACACCCAACACCUAUUUUUAUGUUUUUCAAUAUCAAAAUGAUCAUUUUUCUAAACAAAGUUAUCAUGAACGUAUUGGUGCAGCCUAUGGUGAUGAUAUUGCCUUUAUAUUUGGUGUUCCAUUCAUACUUUAUUAUCAUGGUGAUAAUUAUUUUUUCCAUAAUCAUAACCAUCAUCAUUAUUAUCAUCAACAUAUGGCAAAAAUGAAAAAUAAAUUUCGUUAUCCAAUAUUGGACAUAUCAUCUAAUUGGUAUCCAUCAUCAUCAUCAUCAUCAAGUACAUCAUCAUCGAAUAAAACUAUAAAUGAAUUAGAAUUAUGUCAACGAUUCAUAUCCUCGUGGAUUAAUUUUGCUAUACGAGGGAAUCCAAAUGAUGAUGAUGAUGAUGAUGAUGAUAAUAACAAUAAUAACGAAAAUAACAAUGAUUCACAGAUUCGAUCAUCAUUGUCAAAUCAUCCACGUCAUCAUCAUUCAUCAAUAAUGCCUCUUUAUGGAUCAAUCGAUUCAAUGAUGGAAAAAUCAAUAGAUAAUGUUAUCAAUAAUGAUAAUGAUAAUGAUUUGCCCGGUGGUUUUGAACUAGAUCAAGAUCAAUAUUUUUAUCUAAAACAUCAUUUAUUGCCUGAUCAUGAAAAUAUAGAUACAUAUGAUGGUAAUGUUAAAGAACUACCGAUAAAAAUACCCGAAUCAAAACAAUGGCAACAGAAACAUUUACGACGAAAUAUGACAAGUUUAUAUGAACAACAACAACAAAUGCUAUAUGGUCGUAUUUAUGAUACAAUGACCAAUGUAAUCAUUAAUGAUGGUUCAUCAUCAUCAUCAUCUUCAGCCGUAUUAUUGACAGGAAUUCGUCCACAAAUGUCUACAUCACAGCAACAAUAUGCACGACGACAGAUUGAAUCGAAUAAAAAUAAAAUUCUCAUACCGGAACUAGUGGAACAAUCUGGUUCGAAAACAUAUCCAUCGAAUCAAAAUAAUAACAUUGAAAUUGAUGAUGAUAAUAAUUUAGCCAACAAUAUGAUUCGAAAAAAUUCUGAUUCAAAAAGCAAUAAUUCACAAUCACAUUUGUUGUCAGUGGAAUAA